CUUCCCUACAACUGAGAGGGCAACUCAACUUACUGCCAAGCAAGACCUGACAGGCACAAGGAAAGGUGCAAUGAUGAAGAGUUUUUUCCUAGUUGUGAAUAUCGUUGCAUUAGCCUUGCCAUUUUUGGGCGCAGAGGUGCAAAACCAGGAACAACCAACUUGCCACAAGAAUGAUGAAAGCCCGUUCAAUCAGAAAAUUGCCAAGUAUAUCCCAUUUCAUUAUGUACUGAAUAAUUUUCCUCGCUAUGAGCCUACUUACUACCCACACAUACCAGCUGUACCAAUUAAUCAUCAAUAUGUGCCUUAUCCACUUUAUGCAAAACCAGUUGCAGUUAGGCCACAUGCCCAAAUUCCUCAAUGGCAAGUCCUGCCAAAUGCCUACCCACCCACCGUGGUACAUCCCCCACACCUACAUCCAUCAUUUAUUGCCAUUACCCCAAAGAUGAUUCAGGAUAAGACAGGCAUCCCUAUCAUCAAUACUAUUGCUUCUGUGGAGGCUACAUUUAUUCCUACCACUGAACCAACAGUGAACACGGUAGUCACUUCAGAUGCUUCCUCAGAAUUCACCAUCACAAGCACACCUGAGACUACCACAAUUCCAGUUACCUCACCUAUGGUCUAAAAACUCUGAGGAAACAUCAAAGAAGACAACACAGGUCUUGAUGAAACCGAAUGAUUACUCUAAACUCUCCUUUGGUCAUUCAUCUUCCUUCAUUCAAGAAAGAAUGUGAUUUUGAUGGAUUUGGCUCCUUUCUCUUCUCCCCUCACA